AUGUCUCCAAUUGUGCUGUCUAAACCUGAGCCUGGAGAAGCACUUGAUGUCUAUUUACCCGUAUCCGAUCAAGCUGUCAGUGCAGUUCUAUGCCGAACGGAUCUGGUGGGAGUGCAGCGGCCGGUUUACUAUGUGAGCCACGCGCUCCAUGGUCCCGAGCUCCAUUACUCCCGAUUGGAAAAGAUUGUCUAUGCUACAGCGGCAAAGAAGCUGGCUCCCUAUUUCCAAGGUCGAGCCAUACAUGUUUUGACAGACCAACCAAUCGGCGCGGUCCUCCGCACCGCUUCAUCAUCCGGACGUUUAGUCAAAUGGGCAUUGAUGUUGACACAGUACGCUAUAGACUAUCGAUCACGGUUGGCGAUUAAAGGCCAGGCCUUGGCCGAUUUUUUAGUCGAGUGCACCACUCGGGAAAUCCAACCUCCAGUCAAAGAAGAUCCUGAGGCCGCUUGGUGGUCGUUGGCUACUGAUGGUUCAAGUAGCAAGAAGGGAGUGGGCGGAGGGGUCGUGAUCACGAGCCUGGAGGGAUUUAAGGUGUAUUAUGCUUUAAUUUAUCAAUUUUCCCCGACUAAUAACGAGGCAGAGUACGAAGCGUUCGUCAACGGAUUACAAUGCGCUCGGGAUCUGGGGGCUGAGUACAUCCGGGCACAGACCGACUCAGCGUUGGUAGUCGGGCAGGUCCUCGGUGAUUACGAGGUCAAUGGAGAGCGGCUACAAGCUUAUCGCGACUUAGCGAUAGAGAAACUGAAUUUCUUCCGCGCGUAUACUGUCUGUCAUGUUCCCCGACUAGAUAGUGCUGACGCAGACAUCCUGUCGAAGCUAGCACAAGACGCACUCGGGCAUAUGUCCAAAAUUGCUCGGAUUUUAGUGAUUCCGAGGCACAGUAUUCACCGCCUACCGGUCCCCCCUAUUCAACCGGCUGAGGAAACAUGGAUUUCCGAUUUUAUGGAAUACUUGCAACAUGACCGGUUGCCGAAUGAUCCACAACGGGCGCGAAAGGUGAAACUGAUGGCACCGAGAUUUCAGGUGCAAGAUGGACGAUUAUAUCGGCGGUCGUAUGGUGGUCCUCUGUUACGGUGUUUAAACUCCUUUGAAGCUGAUUUAGUCAUGAACGAGUUGCACUCAGAAAUGAACAAGUUGCACUCGGACACAUGCACUCGCUUGCCCGGUGUAUCAUGGUGA